AUGAUAGUAGAGCUCAUGCGAAGGAUGCUGCAAUACCAUUGGCCAAUGGCGGCGCUCAUUUCUUUUUCACGCACGACCAUUGGCCAACAGUGUGACCAACGGUCUUGCGUAACAUGGACUGGAUGCCCAAAAGGCUGUGGGGUCCUUGCUGCAUCUUCACAAUUGUUCUUUGUUCUCUAUCAUCUCUCUCCUACGCCCGCAGUGUGUGGGUCACCUCUCUUAAACUGGCAAGUCGCAGGUGCCCCCCCCGCCCCCCAGAACAUCCAGCCCCUCAUCCCAUCCCCUUCUUCAACGCUCCAUCCCCCAUCCCUUCGACCCAGCCUCACUCCUCCCCCACACGCCGCUAUGGAAGCCGUCGGCCUGGUUGCUCGUCUAGAGAACCUUAACGCGCACGACUUCAUCCAGAUGUUGUCUGAUCAUCUCGUCGAUCGUGUUUACCCGUGCGAGGGUCCCAUGACCCUUUUGCGACGCAUCUGCAUCACCUGGUUGUUUCUUUACCUCGGCUCUCUUGUCGUCUACUUCCUCUUCGCAACGCUAGACUAUCUCAUUUACCACAAGCUUCUCGCACGCCAAAUCCUCCCCGACGGCUACGACAAGACCGUCGAGAUCCGCCGCGAGAUCUACAUGAGCGUCACAUCCCUGGCAAUCAUGGCCGGCCUAAGCGUUCCGGGAGAGAUCCUCGUCCAUCUGGGCUACAGCAAAGUCUACACCGACCCUGCGGAGCACGGAUACGUCUACCUGUGCAUGUCCCCUAUUUUAUUCAUCGCCUUCAGCGACUGUCUCAUCUACUUUCUGCACCGGGGCCUUCACCACCCCCGCCUGUACAAACAUAUCCACAAGCCGCAUCACUCGUUCAUAAACACAACGCCAUUCGCCGCUUUCGCUUUCCAUCCGCUGGAUGGCUACACUCAGGGCAUGCCGUACCAAAUUUUCGUUUUCUUGUUCCCUUUCCACUCCGCAGCCCACCUCAUUUCCUUAAUUUUCGUCUCCAUGUGGACCAUUAAUAUCCAUGACAGGGCUACAUUCGGUAUUCCUGGAGUUAAUGGCGCCGCACAUCACACAAUACAUCACACUACCUUCAAGUCAAAUUACGGACAGUACUUCACCCUGUGGGAUAAGAUCUGUGGAACUUUCAAAGACCCCAGAUUAUGGAAAAAGGCAGGCGCUCCAGUUAUGUCUGAGAAGGAAGUCUACGGGAAGGACGCUUGA